GUUUAAACGAUUGUUUUCUACAGCUGCUGAGAGAGGGAAAAAAUGGGCAGGCAUUGCUGCUAUGAAUGAUAUUAUUCAGGCAAAUCCCUCUAUUAUUGGGGUUGGUUCAGGUUCAACAAUUGUUUAUGCUAUAGAAAGACUAGCAGGAUCACCUUUGGGACGCACUGCUGUUUGUAUUCCUACUAGUUUCCAAACACGGGAGUUGAUAUUGAGACACAAACUCAACCUGGGAUCCAUUGAGCAAUAUCCUUACAUUGAUAUCACAGUGGAUGGAGCAGAUGAAGUAGAUCCAAACUUAAAUGCAAUCAAAGGUGGUGGCGCUUGUUUAUUUCAAGAAAGAUUGAUAGCACAAGCUUCCCAUAGAUUUGUGUUGGUUGCUGAUGCACGAAAAAAGUCUUCACAGCUUGGGACACAAUGGAAACGAGGUGUGCCUGUCGAAGUUGUUCCAAUAGCGCUUUCUUCUAUCCAUUACCAGCUCGAACGCUUAUUUCCUACAGCAAAAAUUCAACUUCGUAUGGCAUCACCUACCGACAAAGCGGGACCUGUAGUAACAGACAACGGCAAUCUCCUGUUGGAUUGCGAUUUUGGACCUAUUCAAGAUCCUGAUUUGCUCUAUAAGGAAAUCAAAUGCUUGACAGGUGUGUUUGAUGUCGGACUCUUUUGCCAUAUGGCAGACACAGUGUACUAUGGUAGUUUAGAUCAAGAAGACGGAGAAAUUAUAAGCGUAUAAACCUUUUUAUUUCGCAAAAUAAGAUAGUAUGUUCUUAAUAAACAUAAUCACUU